CACUCUUCGAGUAUUUUCCCCGUGUUCUUUCCCUCCCUUUGUGUUCCCCUCCCCCAGGGAAGCUUCAGACUCGCCCUACCCUGAGAUCACGGAUGUUAUAGUUAGGUGGCGGAGUGGUAGAGUAAGCGGUCAUCAGCCAGUGAAGGAAGACGCUCAUCAAAACAGCCGGCACCAUGAUGCAGCCAGAAAACAACCCGCCAUCGCAGAACCCAGCCAUGACGGCGUCGAAGAGCAAGCUGGAGCAAACGCAGCAGCAGGUGAACGAGGUGGUGGACAUCAUGAAGACCAACGUGGAGAACAUCAUGGUGCGCGAGAGGGAGCUCAACGACCUGGACAUGCGCGCCAGCACCCUGACUAGCAGCGCGUCGGAGUUCCAGGUCACGUCCCGUAAGCUGAAAAAGAAGUACUGGUGGAAGAACCUGAAGAUGAUGCUCAUACUGGGAGGCGUGGUCGUGUUCAUCAUCGCGAUUAUUCUCAUCAUCGUCUUCACGGGCAAUGACAGCAGCAGUGGAGAUAGCGGCGGCAGUGUCACAGCCGCGCCGACAACAGAUGUUAGCAAGGUCUAGUGUCCAACUGUGCGUGACGGUCACUGGCGGAGGAGGAGUUGCAGUUUGGUGGUGUUACUUUAUUGCACUUGUCAUGCUACUCUCUGGAGGCUGAGUGGGUGACGUUUGGUGGCGGUGGUUAUUAUUGUUGUUGUUGUUAUUAUUAUUAUUAUUAUUAUUAUUAUUAUUAUUAUUAUUAUUAUUAUUAUUAUUAUUAUUUUAUUGUUACUAUUACUACUGCUACUACCGUUUGCAAUUCAAUAGGUGCCACACUCGUUGUUAUUAUUAUUAUUAUUAUUAUUAUUAUUAUUAUUAUUAUUAUUAUUAUUUUAGUUUUACGUAUGAAAACAGCUAAUGAAAGCUAAAAAAAAUAAUAAUAGUAAUAAUAAGAACGAAAAGAAAGGCAGAAAGAGUGAAUGAAGAAAAAUAGUAAAAAGGAGUGUGAAUGUAUGUGCUUUUUUUAUUAUCUUUUUUUACUACCAAAAAAAUGAGAAUAAACACGAAAUCCGUAUAAGUGAAAAAAAAAAAAAGUACUGGAGGAGAGGCUUAGUCAUGACACACACUUCGUAAUACAUUGUCACUCUUGAAUGUUGCGUACAAUGAAGUAAGAAAUGAUGACGAAAAGUUCAGUCAUUAUGUCAUCAUAACCUUAGUAGGAUUAACAUGAAGAUUUAUGCAUAAUUCUCUGCCAGCCAUUUGAAUCACGCUAAAACAAGGGGGAACAGCAGUAACAUUUAGAUUUUUAUUUACUUUUCUUUUUUGUAUUCCUUAACCAGUCUCCGAAAGUGAAAUAGCAGUAAUAAGAAGUUUAAGAGUAAGUGUAACGUGGGAGCGGUCAGGGAACUUAAGACAGGUCAAAGAGACGUGUAGAAAAUGAAUAAAUAAAAACACUGGGCUGUGCAAGACGGGGACAUCUAAUAUUACAGCACGCAGACAGACAGACAGGCAACACACUCAGUAACCCAGCCAAGGUUACCACCACUUUCAAAAUUAAGACACGACAACUUUUUAGCCAGUGCCACCUCAAGAAAGACAUUGCUGUUUUAUUAUUAUUAUUAUUAUUAUUAUUAUUAUUAUUAUUAUUAUUAUUAUUAUUAUUAUUAUUAUUAUUAUUAUUAUUAUCAGAACUUUUUAGCCACUGUCACCACAAGAAAGACAUUGCUAUUAUUAUUAUUAUUAUUAUUAUUAUUAUUAUUAUUAUUAUUAUUAUUAUUAUUAUUAUUAUUAUUAUCAUCAUCAUUAUUAUUAUUAUGAUUUACCCGGUGUGAGAUUCCCUGCCUGGUAUAUAGACAGUAUUAAUAAUAAUAAUAAUAAUAAUAAUAAUAAUAAUAAUAAUAUUAUUAUUAUUUUAUUAUUAUUAUUAUUAUUAUUAUUAUUAUUAUUAUUAUUAUUAUUAUUAUUAUUAUUAUUAGCUCGGAGGAAAGUUAAGAAUUACUCGAACGCACAAUGUGGUUCCUGCUGAACUAGUUGGAUGACACUUUCACUUUUCAUUUUUUUUUUUUUUUUUGUACAUUGCGUCCCCCGUGGCCUUUGUCAAGGGACGUUAUUAUUAUUAUUAUUAUUAUUAUUAUUAUUAUUAUUAUUAUUAUUAUUAUUAUUAUUAUUAUUAUUAUUCUUAUUAAUAUUAUUAUUAUUAUUAUUAAUACUAUUAUUAUUAUUAUUGAUACUAUUAUUGUUGUUGUUAUUGUUAGUACUGCUAUUACUACUAUUACUACUACUACUACUACUACUACUACUACUACUACUACUACUACUACUACUACUACUACUAUUACUAUCACUACUGCUGUUACUGUUACUACUACUACUACCAGCACCACCACAGCUACUACAACUAUGACUACGAUUUCUACAACAAAAAGCAACAACAACAACAACAACAACAACAACAACAACAACAACAACAACAACAACAACAACAUCAACUAACUACUACUACUACUACUACUACUACUACUACUACUACUACUACUGUUGCUGCUGCUGCCAUUGUUAUUUCUAUCAUUAUUAUCAUUAUUAUCACUGCAAAGACUAUUGCCUUUAUGAUUGUCUUACUCAAAAUGAUUGACGUUUUUUGUUUAUUAUUAUUAUUAUUAUUAUUAUUAUUAUUAUUAUUAUUUGUUUAUUUAUUCAUAUAUUAUUUUUUUAUUUUAUUAUUUAUUUAUUUUUUUGUGGAGAGUGCUUGAUUGUAUACACGUAGGUACACGUUAGGUACGUGUGGGUUUUGUUCCCUUAAUUUCUUUACUUUUUUUUUUUCCCUAAGUAGAGUGAGGCCAGUAUGUCGAUAGUACAUGUAAACUGUACAUUUUAUCUACCAGCGUAUAUAUGUAUUUAUUGGUGGAAUUCUGUAGUUUGUAUACAUAUAUAUAUUUUUUUUCAAACAAGAUUAUGGAUUUCUUAUAUUUUAAAAUCCGUGUAGAAAUAAAAUAAUGAUGAAA